UACUCAGCUGUCUUUAGCCUUAAUGACUUUUAUGCUUUGUCGUGAUCAAACCCAAAUCAGCGAGUUGCGAAUGUCGACAUUCUACAUUGUUGACGUCGACUUUGCAAUAAGAAUCUUAUUGUUGAAAGUAGAUAAAAGUGUAACUAAUAAAAAGGCGUGAUAAUAGUGAUUUAAAAAAAAUAUAGUCAUAUUUAUUUAAUAUGCAAAGAAAUCAGCAAAAUGACAAUAGAAAUCCUAGGAGAGGCGGAAGAAAUGUCAGAAGUGAAGGCUACUGGAGGGAUAGGAAUAAAAGUAAUGAAGACACAAACGAAGGAAAGACGUACUAACAACCAAACAAAUGAUCAAAGAAGAAAUAACUGGGGACAACGACAAUGAAGGAAAACGAAGGGAUAACAGAAGAGAUUAUCCAAGAACAAGUAGCAGCGAUAAUCACAAUGAUGAAAGACGUAGGGAUAACCAAGGAUAUCCGCAAAGAAGGAAUCGAAAUUUUAAUGAUAAUGAAAAUAGAAAUCGUAGAGGACCGCCAAAAAUGGGAUUUAAAAAAGAUACAAGAGCUUUUAAACAACAACGAUUUAGAAGAGGUGGUUUUCUACUUAUCCAACGAACGAAAAGGCAUCAAACUUUUGAUGGAAAACGAAAAAUUGAGUCCAGAUUUAACUGUUUUGUGCGUAAAACUUUUAGCAAGAGUUUGCGGGUGCAGUUUUGGCGCGACGAAAACACAUUUAUUGGAAAACCGUAAUUGACAGCGGUUUCGCGGAAAUUCUUACUAAGUUCAUUAUGUCUUUACCGAUUCAGUCCAACAGAGAGAAACAAUUUAAUACGUAUUUCUGGAACGAUACUGACAAUUUUUGCAGAAACGUUAUUUCUUUAGUUACAACAUUAAAUAACCUGAUACCGUCGUCGUCAUGCGAAUCUAAUCUUAAACUUUUAAGAGCUUUAACGUGCACUAUGACGUAUCUGGAAAGUAACCCUACCAAUUACCAUGUCAAUAUUUCUGACGAAAUCAAAAAUGAACUCAAACAUUUGAGCGAUAUCGUCGAAAAAGUAUCGAACGAAUAUGAAACAAAAAAGAAAGAGAUCAAUGUAACAGACGAAGAACCUUAUGUUGAACCACCAGAUAACUUCAGAGACUUGGAUAUUUAUCCAACUACUCUGGAGAUUACCAGUUACCAAGACGUGUUUUUGAGAUCUAACGUUAUUAAAGGUCCUUAUAGAGAUAUCGAACACUAUUUAGACGUGCAGUACAGACUGUAUAGAGAAGAUUUCGUCCUGCCAUUAAGAAAUGGAAUAUGCAAAUACUUGGAAGACCCCAGAACCAAACUUGAAAAUAUCAGGACGUACAAAAACGUCCAAUUCCUAAACAGAGAAACGAUUUCAGAUCAAAACUGUUAUCGCCUACAGUACGAUUUUAGUAACAAAAAAAAGUCGUUCGAAUUUGAAAAUUCUAAACGGUUUAUGUACGGCUCUUUAUUAAUUUUCACUCACGAUAAUUUCCGUACUGUGUUAUUUGGAACGGUUGCUGGUAAAAGAGAUUUAGAAACCCUAUCAAAGGGGCACUUGAUAGUUGGUUUUAGAACGGACGCUGUUAUACCGCAAACUAUAAUCGGUCCGCAAUUUUUAAUGAUUGAAAGUAAAGUGUUCUUCGAGCCGUACUAUCAGGUCCUCAACGCUUUAAGGAAUAUGUCUACCGUUCAUUUCCCUAUGGAAAGAUACAUAAUCCAAGUGGAAACCGAAGCAAAACCUCCAGAGUAUUUAAAAGUACAACCUGAACUACCUAGAGAUCAAAGGCCAAUUAUUCCUUUGACUUAUGAUAGAAAUAUAGUGAACGGACUGAAUGCUGCCCAACGCGAAGCCUUUGAAGCUGCUCUUAGUAAAGAGUUCGUUAUUAUUCAAGGUCCUCCUGGAACUGGAAAAACCUUUUUAGGACUAAAAAUCGCAAGAACACUGUUGGAAAAUAAGAAUCGUUGGUACAAAAGGACACCGAUGCUAGUAAUUUGUUAUACUAAUCACGCGUUGGACCAAUUUCUGGAAGGAUUGCUACCAGUCACUAAUGAAAUAAUCAGAAUCGGUAGUCAAUCGAAAAAUGAAAAUAUCCAGAAAUUGAACAUACGCAGUCGCAGACACACCAGAAACCAAACGGUCCACGAAACGAGACGACAAGUGUCAAGUUACUUGUCACAAAUCGAUUCGAUAAAAAAUAAUUUAAAUGAAAUCGAUAGAUAUUGCAGCAUCGUGGAUUUUAACGUGUUUUCUAACGUAGUUAAUAACUUUAAAGAUAGUUGGUUCAAUCAAGCGACUACUGAUAACAUUUUGAGUUGGUUGUUCGAGGAGGGGCACAAUGCCAUAGCCAACAGAAGAGCACCGAUGGAACAGCAUCAGGAAAACCAAGAGGUAACACCAAACGAAGAAAAUGUCCGUUUAGAAAUCGAAAAUGAAGAAAAUUUGGAUACCGGAGCCGAAGAAGUGGAUGAAAUCUUUGAAAAUGUCGAAAUUAGCCCUUUCAGAGAGCUUAUUAGCGUUAAAACUCUUUCGAAUAGAAGAAGACAGUUGUUAAAAGAUUACGACUAUGUUCGACAAGACGAAACAAUAAGUCCUAGAGAAAGAGACAUGCAAGAAGAUAAGAUUCAGAUAAACUUGUAUAUAAUUGAAAAUUACUUGGACGUGCUUAAAUUCAGACUAUUAGAAGGUGAAAAGAAUAAAAACAGACUCAUUCGCCCUGAAUUUGUCGAUAUGCGCCAUCCUCACAACAUGCCUUAUGACCUCAGAUGGCAGUGCUACUUUUAUUGGCUUGAGUUGUAUAAAUACUCUUUAAACCAGGGCAGAGAAGUACUCAUUAGAGAUUUCCAAAGGAUUUAUAGUGUGUACAAGGAAAUGCAGGAAAUGGAAGAUACGCAAACAAUGAGAGGCGCCUUAGUGAUCGGUAUGACCACAACGUGCGCUGCCAGACAUCAAUCCUCCCUUCAAGCGCUUAAAAUUCCAAUAGUAAUCGUAGAAGAAGCAGCUGAAAUUCUGGAAUCCCACAUCAUCGCCGCUUUGACAACUCACUGCGAACAUCUGAUCCUGAUCGGGGAUCACCAGCAAUUGAAACCAUCCACAGCAAAUUUUAAAAUCGAAACAAAGUUCAAGUUGGGCGUCAGCCUCUUCGAGCGGAUGAUCUUGAACAACAUUCAGUGCCACACGCUGAAUAUCCAACACAGGAUGAAACCGGAGAUAGCUAAUUUGAUUAGACCGGCGAUCUAUCCUGUCUUGCAGGACGGUGAUUCCGUUCAGGGAAGGGAACGAAUCACGGGGAUCGAACAGGACUUGUUUUUUAUCGAUCACAACGAAAUGGAAGAGCUGUGCAACGAUAACAGCAAGAAGAACAUUCACGAAGCGAAAUUUUUAAUGCAAUUGGCCAAGCAUUUGAUAUUGAACGGCUACAAACCGGAUCAGAUCGUAGUGCUGGCUGCGUAUCUGGGCCAGAUGUUUGAAAUGCAGAGGCAAAGGAGGACCUACAGUCAUAUUCUGAAGGACGUUAGAAUAGCUGUUUUGGACAAUUAUCAAGGCGAAGAAUCCGAUAUUAUUUUGUUAUCGUUAGUAAGAAACAACCAAAAUAACAGUAUCGGCUUCUUAAAAUUAGAAAAUAGAGUAUGCGUAGCCCUAUCUCGAGCCAGAAACGGACUUUACAUCAUGGGCAACAUGAAUUUGCUAUGCAGUAACAGCAAUAUAUGGCCCAAAAUUCAAGAAACCCUGCAGCAACAACAAGCCAUAGGUUCACAUCUGACGCUACGGUGCGUCAUACACAGGCAUAAGAUUACUAGAGUAUCGACAGCUGACGAUUUCGCGAGAUUUCCUGAAGGCGGUUGCGAUUUGCUAUGCGAAACGGCAUUAAACUGUGGUCAUGUAUGUACAAGAUUGUGUCACAUCGAGGACAGGGAGCAUAUCAAAUACAAUUGUAGAGAGCGCUGUGAAAAGAUCCUUUGCGAUGAUCCAACACACGUAUGUCAAAAAUUAUGCUACGAAAACUGCGGACCUUGUUGCUACGAAGUGAAACGGCUUUUAAAGUGCGAUCACGUGGUCAAAAUCGCUUGUCAUGUGGAUCCGACGAAGUACAAUUGCACUAUACCUGUCGAAACGACACUGCCUUGCGAUCAUAUUACCUCGAAACCUUGUUCAGCUGACAAGGAGACCUUUAAAUGUCCUUACCCUUGUGACACUAGAGUGGAACCCUGCGGACAUGCCUGCGAGAAGAAUUGCCACUUUAGAAACGAUCCCGAUCAUCUGGACUAUUCCUGUCGCAAGCCAUGCGAGAGGAGUUCCAAAGGUUGUACCGCAGCUGAACCUCACAUUUGCCGAAAAUAUUGUUAUGAAGAGUGCGGAACUUGUCUAGCACCAGUGCGCAAGAAGCGCUCGUGUGGUCACAUGUUCAACAUGGGCUGCAGCAUAGAUCCCGAGACUAUAGUUUGCGAAAAACCUUGUAAGAUAACUUUGAAUUGCGGUCACAAAUGCAAAGAAACUUGUGCCAAACCUUGUGGACCAUGUAAAGAGAAGGUAGAAAAAAUAGUGCCAGACUGCAACCACAAAAUCAAAAUUAAUUGUUUUGAACUACCAAAUAGGAAAUUGUGCAAGGGAAAAUGUCCUCGUCUUUUACCAUGUGGACACGUGUGCAAUAGAAAGUGCAAUGAAGAUUGUACAGAAAAAUGCAAAGAAAUCGUGGAUUGCUCCAUCAUCAGUCCAUGUGGACAUGUGAUCAAAAAAAUAGCUUGUCACGUCAAAAGAAAUCUCAAUUUAUAUCUAGAUGACGAAAAGAUUCUCGUCAAAAAUUGCACGGAACCUUGCAACGCACAAUUAGCCUGCAAACAUAAAUGUUCCGGUAGCUGCGGCCAAUGUUACCAGGGACGGUUCCACCAAAGGUGCCUACAAAAUUGCGGUGUAAUUCUAGUUUGUAACCAUGAAUGUCCGAUACCUUGCAGGGAAGCCUGCAAACCUUGCAGGAAACCGUGCGAGUACAGAUGUGCACACAGCCAAUGCAGAAAAUUGUGCGGUGAUCCAUGCACCCCGUGUAAAGAAAAAUGCAAGAGAAAAUGUCCUCAUCAAGAAUGUAGAAAACGUUGCGGAGAAUUUUGCUCGGUCGAUCCCUGCACCCAACCGUGUCCUAAACGAAUAAAGAAAUGUGAACAUCUGUGCGUCGGAUUUUGUGGAGAUCCGUGCCCGCCAUUGUGCAGAAUUUGCGACGUUGAUGAACUUACAGAUAUCUUUUUCGGCACUGAAGACGACGAGGAUGCAAGAUUCGUCUUACUAAUAGAUUGUGGCCACGUGAUGGAGGCAACUGGUAUGAUAAAUUGGUUAGAUCAGAAACGAGAAAAUGACGAUGAAGAUCGGAAGAUUCAACCUUUAGUUUGUCCAAAAUGUAAAACAGUAAUUAAAAAAACCGCUCGAUACAGUGACUACGUAAAACAAAGUAUGAAUGAUUUAAGAAAUGUUAAGAUGAAGUUCUACGGAAAAUGGAAAGAAAUUGAAGUUAUUAGAAAAAGAUUGCAGGAGAAAUUGUCAACGAUGUAUGAGGGUAAUGCUAAGAAAGAGACGACGACGAAUACUAUUAGGGAGCAACUAAGGAGGUUAACUUUAUUCGGAGGAAGAGAAAAUAUUAACACAGUAAAUACAAAUAAGAUUGCGAAUUCGGAUUUCGUAAAGAUUAAAACGACUUUGGCACAUAGACUAUUAGAUUCGAGAGACAAUCGUCGACAGAACAUCAACAAAAUGGAUUUGGACGCCAUUCGAAUCAAAAUCGAAUUGAUGCAGAUGAUAAUGGAGCCCCUCGAGAAGGAGAAAUUGUCUUUGUCGGAUAUGCCGCUAUCAAAUAAUCAUGUUAGUUUAAUAGCGAAACUUUUGGAAACAAAUAUCGAUUCUAUUACUGAACAAGAGGUUACCGAUAUCAGUUUGGAAAUAAAUCGAUUGCACAGAUUGAUCCAGUUUGAACGAAUCGGUUACAAGCCCUAUUUGCAGCAACCGGGUAUUCGAACUAAAGUUGACGCCACCAUUCAAUUGUUAAAUAAAUACGGCAGAUAUGAUGAUUAUCAAGAUAGAAUCAUUAAAAAUAUGAUGGAAGAGUUAAAAAAACUAACGUCUUCAAAAAUUGCUCUUACUGAUGCUGAAAAAAAAGAAAUUGUAAAAGCUAUUGGGCUAAGACCAGGACAUUGGUACAAAUGUCCAAAUGGACAUCCCUAUGCAAUUGGAGAAUGUGGCGGGGCUAAUCAAGAGUCCAGGUGUCCUGAAUGUGGAGCUCCUAUAGGUGGAAGAAACCAUGCAUUAGCGCCCGGUAAUGCUGUGGCAACCGAGAUGGCAGGAGCUAGAUUUGGUGCCUGGUCAGACCAAGCAAACAUGGCGAACUAUCAAUUUUAAAAUUGUUCUUUGAUAUGUUUUUUUUUGUUUAUAUUAUAUUAUCAAAAAUAAAAUUUUUAUGCAAGAAAAACGGAUGUUUUGUUUUAAGAAAACGUAUAUUUACAACUUUUUUUUCUCACAACAAUUCUUCGCUCUCGUUGCCGCUAGAAAAGCCGUUCCUGUACUCGUCCUCGUUUUUAUUGAGUAUCUUAUCGUGGUGUUUCUUGUACUGAUUCGAAAUUUGUUCCUCCAGCCUCUCCAGCGUAUUGUUACCAAUGCACUCGCGAAUUUUCUUAAAAAACCUG